UAGACCUGCUCCGGUAUCAUUCAGCAAGAUUAUGGAGUCAUCCCGUAUGAUUUAAUUGCAGCAUAAAUGAUAAUUAAAAGAAGACAUCCAUCCCAAGUUUAGUAUACAGUCGAUAAUGUAUCUGUUUUCCUAAACAUUAAAGGAGGUAACUUAAUCUUGCUGGCUAAAUAGUUAACACUAGCCAAUUUCAACUCGGUGAACUAACGUUAACUAGUAAGACGGUCAACCAUUGACAGUAAAGCAGCCAACGCUCUUUGGAUCAACGGCUGUUAUGGGACGGAAUUCAGUACUGAAAUCGAAAGUGUCAAGCAUCCCGCCGUCCUCUUUGCGGCUUUUGGUACCCCCUAUUCGGUUGAUGGCUGCUGCGAUGUUGCAAACUGUUCAGCUACGCAGAGUCGUUCAUUACGGAAAACUGGAAGAGUUUGUAACGCUUGUCACCGAGGUGUUUCCUGACAUACUCAGUCGUAAGGAAAUGAUUAUGCUUAUUCUGGGGUUGCGAGGAAGGCUGAUACUUAAACUGUGCCAGGAAGACCACAAAUCUGCUCCCAAGACCAUCCAGCCACAUAUAGUCAGAAUGCGGCAAUUUGCUAAAGACAUGCAACAAAGAGAGAACAACAAAGAUCCAAGUGUGAAGACUUUGGUUGGGAACUUCUUGGAACUUGUCCAGAACUUGUUGAAGGACAUUAACACUUGGAAUCAUUUCUUCCAGGAAGUGUUCCCCUCCAUGUAUGGUAAGAAGUUUGAUACUGCACUAGAGUCACUGAUGAGCGAGUUCCUUUCAAGGCUUGAGAAAAUGCUGCCAGUGCCAGACUUCAAAGAGGCUGCAUCAUUCCUCAGUGAUAGUCUUUCAGACUUAGAGCUAUGUUUCCAGACAGUAACUGACCCAGAUCAACUUAAACCUUUACUUCUCCAUAAGCCAGCUGCCACUAACAAGUUUGACAAAGAAACACCAUUUGGAGACACCAUUUUGUCUGCUCUGUCCUGUCAAUCAUCUACAGCUGUAGAUCAACAGUCCGUCUGUCCUAACCCCAAAUCUGCCACAAAUGAAGAAGAAAGCUCUACAUGUUUAGAGGAAAACAGUGAUGUAGAUGACUUUGUUGAGGAGUUACAGGAAGAAUCAGAAAAUAAUCAGAAAGCCAAGGGGGACCAAUUCACAGGAACCUCUGCAAAACCGUCUAAGGGUCGCAAGGCUGCGAAGAAACCACUUCAUGAGUGUCCUUCAUGUGGUAAGACGUGUCUUUCGGCAGCCGGCCUCAAAAGACACGUGAGACUUCAUUCAGGAGAUUUUCUAUUGAGUUGCACAAGCUGUAAAAGGAGAUUUAGUACCGAAAAGGCUUUGAACAAACACUUGCAAGUCCAUGCAAACUCUUCUGUCUCAGACAAAAGGAGUAAAACAUCCAAAGUAAAAGAACCUGUUCCUUGUUGUUUGUGCGGUAAAUCUCAUACCAAACCCAAUCCACCUGCUUGCGAUCAGUGCGGGAAACGGUACUGUACCUACGUGGGUCUCUACAGACACCGUAAACUUCACUCAGGGGAGCGACCAUACCUCUGUACUCUGUGUGGGAAGGGUUUUGCUUAUUCCGACAUACUGAGAGCACACAUGCGGACGCACACUGGGGUGCGAUCUCAUAGCUGCCCUGUCUGCGAGAAGAAGUUUGUUCAAGGAAGUGGUCUGGUCAGGCAUCUGAGAACGCACACAGGUGAGAGACCCUAUGCCUGUAAAACAUGUUCAAAAACCUUCCUGAGCAAACCAGAGCUCGAGCUACACACUCGAACGCACACUGGAGAAAGGCCUUACCACUGUUUGCAGUGUGGGAAACGUUUUGUGGCAUCCACUCACCUGAUAAACCACAUGCGGACUCAUACGGGGGAGCGUCCUCACAGCUGUCCCCACUGCGAUAAGCGAUUUGGGCUUCCCGAUCAGCUGAGAAAGCACCUGCUAGUACACACUGGUGAGAAACCGUACGAAUGUCCAGAAUGUGGGAAGAAAUUUUCACAGCAAGGCAACAUGAAGACCCAUCUGCGAACUCACAUAUAGACUGUAACGGAGCUCCAUGGAGCAAUAAACCCACCUCUUACUGAUAACAUAAUGUGUUUAUGUUGAAUGUGCAAAAACAUACUAAGACUUCAAAGUCUUUUUCUUGAUUCUUUGUGGCUGGAGUUUUAGUGGUUUUUUUUGUUUGGUUAUGUAAGGACAACUUACUGAAAUUUACUUCAACAAAACUCCAAACCCCACAAGACCCAGGUUAUCUCUAAUGCUCCACCAUGUCCCUUCACACUGAUCAAAGAAGCGUUUGUUACAUAAAAUAAAUCUGAUUUCAAGAUCACACUACCUGUGAGUAGGAUGACCC